AACCUAUGUCGUACCUCCUCUGUGCAUAAAAUGUCUACUUUAUUCUCUAGAUAACCAUUACUAACAAGAUAGAUUCACUGGAACCAUAAGCAAAAAAUGGUAAUCAUUAGAUCUACACCUGGAUUUAUGCUGUGCAUUGUAUUUCUCCUUGAACUUGGAGUUGAAGUCCAAACAGUCCCUUCUUUGAGAUUUAACAUUCCAGCAAGGGCUCGAUUUCUAAUCAACCAGAAUUUCCUUACGGGUGAUGUAAUAACAGAUAACAUUGAAUGUAUAUCUUCAGAUAUUGAUGAUGACAUCACAUAUAGUUUUCUUGAGAAUGAGAGUAACCAAUGGUUUCGCAUCAAUUCCACGUCUGGAGUUUUGUCAAUGGCUACUGAGGCUGUGCAAUUAUCGUGCAUCAAUUGUGAUUUCCAACCCACUAUAGUCUGUGCAGCUGGCAGUUUUACAAAUGGUACAAGGAUUACUGUUUCAAACCAAUUGGAUAAUCAGUUUACACCUCAAUUUACUCUUCCAUACUUGAGCAUUGAGGUUCGGGAGGAUACUGCAGUCGGGUCAUCACUAAUUACUGUGAAUUCUACUGACAACGAUCGUGGUGAUUGUGGAGUAGUGAGAUACAUGAUCGUGUCUGGAAAUGAUCAGACACUUUUUCGAAUUGGUUAUUCUACAGGAACUCUGGAACUGGUGUCUCCAUUGGAUUAUGAAACUAGAGAUUCAUACACACUUCGUUUGCAAGUUACGAAUACUAUCUGCAUGCCCAAUCAUUUCUCAAGAAUCGAUGCUCUGCUAACUAUCAUCGAUGUGAACGAUGAGCCACCUAUGUUUGAUCCACCUGAGUAUUCGGCAACUGUAAAUGAAUUUGACAGCCAUCCAGGAAGCAGACCCAGUAAUGUUCAGCAACUGAGAUGCUCUGAUUUAGACACCCUUCCUGGGUUGAUUAAGUAUCAGAGACUGUUUACUGAAGAACCUUUUGAUAUUGAAUUCGACACUGGUGUGGUAUUCGUAACACCACAGCAUGUAUUGGACUAUGAGGAACGUAGUUUUUACAAGCUGCAGUUUAAAUGCUUUGAUUUGGGUGCUCCUGAAAUGUUCGAUAUAGCGAACCUAACCGUCCAAAUCAUACCGAUUAACGAACACUCUCCUGAACUAGCUGAACGGACUGUUUCCAUUAGUAGCAGUGAUGAUUCAUUACAUGUUGGAACAUUAAUUGCCUCAAACGUCCCUGAGUCUGAAGCACUGGUAUUCAUCAAUGCAGUAGAUAGUGAUGAGGGUGAUAAUCAUGGAGACAUUUAUUUCAAUUUUCAAAGCACUGAUCUAAGUUAUCUUGAGGAAUAUUUUCGUUUGGAUCGCAGUAGUGGUAACAUCACCCUGAUUAAGUCACUGACAUAUAGAUACUGUUUCGAGCGACCUCAGUUUGAAAGGAUCAUCCUACAGUUAGCAGUGUGUGAAGCAACUGUUGUAGACACACAAAUAUGUCCAACUUUCGACAUUAGCUUGUUUGUUACUGUGUCUGGAAAUUGUACGCCUUCAUUUGCUGAAAACAGUUAUCUAAUUCAAGUGAACGAGUCGGUGUCCAUAGGAACUGAUUUGUACAACUUUACCUGUAAUACCCCCGGAACUAUUGAUGUAGCUAACGACAAGCAUUUAAAGUUGACCGGAUCGUCUGAUGUCUUAACAUUGUUUGAUGUAGUAAAUGGCACUUUAGUACUCAGAAAUUCAUUGGACUAUGAAAACGAAAUGGAUCACAAUUUUAACAUUGAUUGCUUGGACAGAAUUAGCAAUCUAACAGCUUCAGUUUCAGUAAAUAUCGAAGUGUUGCCUUCAAAUGAUUUCGUUCCGAAAUUCACUCAACCGUUUUAUGUGUAUACCCUUGAGAAUGAGUUCUCGCACAUUGUCGGACAAGUACAAGCAGUUGAUGAGGACACUGAUUAUGGCAGCGAGCUCACGUAUAGUAUCAUGUCAGGGGAUGGUCAGUUUCUGCGAAUGGACUCCAUGGGUACGCUUUCACUAUAUGAAGACUUUAAUUCUGCUACCGUGUGCGAUAAACUAGCUGUUAUUGUUGAAGUCACGGAUGGAUUGUAUACUGACCAAACAAUGGUACUUGUCAACUUAACAUUUUUAAGCACGGCUGAAAACACAGAAUUUGAUUCUGGUGUAAAAAUUGGAAAAUGUGAUGAAUUCUGCAUUGCUUUUGCAGCGACACUCAUCAUUUUGAUUCUGUCAGUAUUUGUACACAUAAUGACAGUCAUACUGCUAGUACUCUGCUAUCGAAGGAAGCAACGUGAACUUGUUUCUAAAAUCCAAAGCAGUAUCCUUGAAAGGACCAACUCAUUAAGACACAGUAACACGGAGACAUCACAUUACAGCAAAGUAAACGAGACAACGACAGUGCCAUGUCCCAUGUACUCUACUGUGUCAACUUCAGAGGAUACCUACCACUAUGCUACGACUGGACGAAGAUGUGCUAAUUUAAAGCUCCCCCCUGUACCGUCUGGACUACUUGAGCAGCCAUUGAAAAACCCCUCUAUCAAGUCCGAGUUGGAAGAAUAUUUGGAAAUGCAAUCGGUAAACCCGGGCCAAAGAGCAAGGUGUAGCUCUGACCCAUCAAUGCUGGCUCAGCGAUAUCAUCUGGACGAACGAGAUGCUGAGGGCUUAAGGAAGAUGGUGCCAUUACUGGUGGGUGAGGGAGAGAAAAAGAGCGAUUUGUUGGAUGGACAACGAGUAUCAAUCGAUAACAUUUAUGACUUCAUUGCUUCCUAAAAAAUUUCACAACUUUUGUAGUUAGAUAUUGUAUGCAUUCUCAUGAUGAUCAAGUAUAAUUAUUAUUAUAGCUAUAGCUUUUUUUAAACUACCCAUGCAUGCCAUAAAUAGUUAUUGAUGCAUUUUAUAUUUUCAUUGAACAUUAUUUUGUUGAGAUGUGUUCCUUACCUGUCAUGAAAAAUGAAUUUCUCUCAGCUUUAAAACUUAAGUAAAGCCAAGAGAACCUGAAUAUGAAGUGAUUGUUCAAUGAAUACUUAUGAAUGAAAAAAAAUGGCAAACUGCAACUAGCAGUGCCACUGGAAGUGUUUGAAGAAAGGAGAGUUGGGACUGCAGCUACGAGCCUAAGAAGGAGUAGAUACAGCUAUUACACCAAGGGUCUCUCACCGAGCGCGGCGGCUACAGGAGUGACUGACACACAGACCGUACAGAGAGCACACAAACAGACACACACUAACAGAUCAGCCAA